CUUCGAUACCACUAUCGUAAGCUCUGCACCGUCCAUUUACAUCCAAAAAGUAUAAAAAGUCUGUUUCGUUCUUCAAAUAGUCAUUCCGGCGAUUGUCGUCAACUAGCAAGCUUAUCUCUACUUCAGGAGCACAACAGCAUCAACUUCAUUCAAGAUGAAGGCUUAUAUCUGCUUGGUCGUUCUGGUGUGCCUGGGCUCUGUCCUCGCGGCCGAAACUAACGAAGCCGACGAGUUUGGUGUCAAACAAUAUUUUUUCUGUGACAUCAAUAAUCAAUGGCCGUACCAGUGCCCUCCCGGCUCGAUCUGUGUGCCAGCACCCACUCCCACGGGGGGCAAGUGCGCGGCUUUUAAGAAGAGAAUGGCAAAUGUUGAAGCCGACGAGUUUGGUGUCAAACAAGAUCUCUGUGACAUCAAUAAUCAAUUGCCGUACCAGUGCCCUCCCGGCUGGCUCUGUGUGCCAGCACCCACUCCCACGGGGGGCGAGUGCAUACGUUUUAAGAAGAGAAUGGCAAAUGUUGAAGAGUCCUAAAUGCCAACAGCCUCGGGAUGGUGAAGUCGCAAUUGAUUAAUUAUUACGGUGAAGGGUUUAAGUUGUAUUGUCUUUGCCUUGUUCGAGUUAAAUGAGACUUUUUAAAUUAACAUGUAGUUGAAAUUCCUCCCAAAGGAAGAAACUGUUGACAAAGCUAUACUACCAUGAGUAAAUCACACAUUGUCAAAAUUACCAUUUUAAUCUGAUCCUAAUCUGAAUCUUUAUCUGGAAAUGAAUAUUAACAACACCCGAUGGGUGUCACGAUUGUGAUGCUACCACUGCGAGUUUUUCUGACACAAUUUGCUAUGGGAAAUGUUUCCUUUGCAUCGCAUUCAUGUAUCAUUUUGUGUUGUUAUU